AUGAAUACAUACAGAAAACAAGGAUUACAGAAUGAUCAAAAGCAGUUUGGACAUUUGAUGCAAGGGAAUAUUUUAUCACCCACCCCGUCUAAUAGUACCGAUGAGGAUGAUGGUAACAGUAUAAAAAUGAGUUCACAACCAUCACCAGAAACAACGGCUAUUCGACAAAACCGUAAUACAGCUAACACAACUGUAUUAGGGCAGCGAACACUUACAACAGUAUCUCAGUCUACGUUGAAUGAUUUAGCACAAGGUGAUGAUGAGGCUUUUCAUGUUGUACAUCACCAGCGUCGUCGAUUACAGCCGAGAGAGGCGCAAAAUGAGCAGUUUUUUGAUGCAACAACUUCACCAUAUUUACCUACAUCUAUCGCUAGACAGUUUAUUGUUGAAUUAAAACGACGAAAUAUUAGAACUCGUAACUUGGUUUCAUUUUGGCGAAUUGAUAGUACAAAGAAAUAUUUAUUUGUUUAUGGUGAUAACCGUGAAGCAUUCUCACAGUUACUUAUGAAUGACACAUAUCCAAGUAGUAUUAAUGAUCAACAAUUUAAUGUUGAUCAGCCUAAGAGUAUACCUCCACAGAUGAGUGUUUUAGCUAUGGGAGUUUCUUGUCAGCUAUCAGAAGUAGAAGUACUAGCUGAUGUUCAGGAGCAGUAUGCCUCUGCGGAUGUCGUCCUUUUCGGCUGUCCUGCAUCUAGCCGAACACGAAAUGUUAAGGUCAACUUCCGUGACAGCCGUGAUUACACAAAAUGUCUGAAUAAUGGGUUCAUUUAUGUUAAUCAUUUGAAGCUAAUAGUGAAACGCUAUUUGGGUACGCCCAGGGUCAUGCUAUGCUCAAAAUGCCAGGGAUACGGGCACUUCCGAGCUAAAUGUACAAGUGCUCAUGAAUACUGUGCUGUCUGUUCUGCAGAAAGAUCUCUUGAUUCACCACAUGUGUGUACCAAUGUUACUAACUAUAGAAGAGAAUUAAUUGAACAGCUGUUGGAAAAAGAUAUGAUUCCUAAUCAUGUACACAUACCUAAAGCAUUUAGAAGUCAUCUGAACAGAGUUUUUCCCCUUACACCUGCACAAAAUCGUGUUACAUCUAAUGUUAAACAACAGGUUAAUCGUAAAGUAUCACCAGCGAAGUCCUCAUCUGUUAGACAGGCACAGUUAUUAACGUAUGCUAAUGUUCUCAAUGGAACCAAUAGUGGCGAAGAUUCACCAAUUAGGAGUUGUAAUGUUGAAGACCACAUGCAACAUUAUCAGCAACAGUUAUCGGACAUUAAUAAAGCUCAUGUUGAUACAAUGUUGAAUCUUAGUAAUCAAAUUAACAUGUUAAGUGCAAAAGUCGACUGUGUAUCAUCGAAAGUAGAACAAAUGAACCAUUUAGUUAGCAAGGUUGUAAUUCCAUGUGUAUCUACAUUAGCUGAUUCGUUAGUUAAAUUGAACGAAAAACUAUCUUGUAUGGAAGUUUGCUUAGGUUCAGUUUCGAUUCAGGUGGCAGCAUGCUAUGCGCCACGCUCUUCAGAUUUACCACUGAGUUCACUACGCUCGGUGUGUUCGAAUACGCCAUGUCAACUGCCUGGAGAUUUUAACGCGUACUCGGAUCUGUGGGGCUGCGCUUCAACAGACAGCCGUGGACGGCAACUCGAACAAUUUAUCGAAGAGCUGAACUUGAAUGUUAGCGCCACAGAAGUGACGUCUAAAAGAGCGACAACUUCUAUCAACGUAAUUGACCUGGUGAUCACAUCGUAUCCGAAUCCUUACACUAGCGUCCUGAAAUAA